AUGAUUGGAUAUGACGGGAUUGUGAUUAGUGGCUCAAAAGAAUCAAAACCGCUCCAUUUAAAAGCAAACCAUCUUUUUCAGGCCCUUUCUGUUUAUAUUCUCAAAAAUGGCCAGUUGAUACAAAACCCUUACCAAUACUGGAGCGACAUUGAUAAAACUCUGCCGAAAAAACCGAUAAAAGUCUUAGGGCCACCGGCCACAUCUGGCACAUACGAUGUUUUUAUUGAGCUUGCCAUUCGCCCCUUUUGUCCAAAAAAUUCACGCUUUAAAAAAUAUUGUGGGCACUUAAGGACAGAUGGCGCUUAUAAAGCAGCUAGUGAACACGGUAACGUCAUUGCACAAAAGCUCCUUAUUGAUCCUGAAACAAUCGGUGUUUUUGGAUAUACUUUUUUAGAUGCCAAUCAAGAACGCUUAUGGGGUGCACCCAUCAACGGCAUUGAACCAACAACCGAAUCCAUUGCCACGGAUCAGUACCCUUUGGCUCACCCUUUUUACCUUUACCUCAAAAAAGAACAUCUCACUAGCGUUCCUAGCAUAGCGCCCUUUGCCAAAGUAUUUUUAGAUGAAGAGAUCUCUGGCCCUUAUACAGCUCUUGCUGACAAAGGUCUUAUCCCCUUGAAUCCCAAAACACGCCAACGUCAAAAAGAUAUUUUAGCAAAGAAUCAGACCAAUAGCAUCAG